AUGAGCUCAGAUGAAAUUUCAAUCCACUCAGUUGGAACCUCUUUGGAGAAAUCUGAACCUAAAUUAGCCACUAGUGGCAAUCAGGAGCCCGACACAGAAGCAAAGGAUACAAUUACAGUAUAUGAUUUAGUAAGUCAACUACAGGAAUCCCUGACAGAACUAGACAAAGAUCUAGAUACCAAGAACGAAACACUACAACAGUCUAUCAAAAAAAUAGAAAACAAAUUAACAGAACUUACAAAGAAGAAGAAGUAA